ACUUUCUAGCAGGCAAAGCUAUUUGUCUUUCAUUCUAUUAAUCUGUUCAUUGUUGUAACUGGCAUCAAAGCACCGUUGCCUUUAAAGUGCCUUUAAGGUGCAUCGUCAAAGCCAUGUUUUGUUAUAUAUUGCCUUCGUAUGCGCCUUUGUAAAGCUAUCUAUCAUUAGAACCUGUACGACUUGUCGGUUUUACAACCUAACUGACUGUCUAACUGACUGUCUAACUGGCUGUCUAACUGACUGUCUAACUGACUGUCUAACUGACUGUCUAACUGACUGUCUAACUGACUGUCUAACUGACUGUCUAACUGAUGUCUAACUGACUGUCUAACUGACUGUCUAACUGACUGUCUAACUGACUGUCUAACAGACUGUCUAACUGACCGUCUAACUGACUUCAAACUAACUUCAACUUAACUUAACUGUUGCUUAACUGUGUAUGUGGAAUAAACCUUCAGAAAGACAGUCGAGUUGUGCCCGCCGUACUUGUUCUGGUUACCCUUUCCAGAAGGGAGCAUUGGGCUGGAAAGACCAGCCAGCAGAAAUCUGGACAGUUGUAAAACCGUUGUCGGCGCCGUAUCAGUGGAGGUACGGACUGCCGAGCGGAGGACGACGAUCGUGAGGUACCAGGACGCUGGUGACGUGGAUCAGUCGUGAAUCACUCAACGGAAAAGCCGGAGCAAAGAGCUAUCGGGGCCGUUGAAGGAUUAAAGGAAGUGCCGCAGCCGAGGGAAAGGCUGUGAAGAUUGCACAAGGAAUACAAAUGCAAAGCUCUUCUGGGCAGAGAGCCUCACAGACUGUGACAUUGUAACGUCGACAGCUUGGGGCGUGGACAUUCGUGUGCCAUUAGUGGACGUGUCGUUUGCAAAGAACUGAAUCCUUUGAACGAGUCAUUGGCAACGAACCAGAGAGUCGACUCCAAUCAAUUCCAAUUCCGGAGUGAGUCAGGAGUUCAAAGAAGAAAAAUGGCAGAUGACAAGCCAGAUCUGGAAAGCCUACAGCGGAGGCGAUCAAAUGCACAGCGGAGCCUAACGACGCGUAUAAACCGCCUUAAUUUCAAAGCUGGUCGUCUAGGCACAGGAAAAUUGUCGCAAGAGUUGGCAGGGUUGGAAAACGACUAUGAUGUCUUCGUCGACGCCUGCUGUGAAUAUAUCGAAGACCUGGAACAGAUAGACUCAACGGACGACAACUGUGAGUUAAGAGACACUCUGACAAAGAGGGACGCCAUUGGGCAAAGGUACCAUGAGACAAUGGAAAUGUUGUGGUUUAAAGAUGCUGAGCCAGUAAUAAGCACCCUCGUGGCACGGUUCAAUUCAGCUUUCGACCAGGCCGAGGAACUCGGCAGGAAAAGUGCACUACAGUGGUGUCAGCAAGAGGCCAGAAGGCAGGGACUGGAUCAGGAACUCCACGAACUCAGAGACGUUGUGUAUGUUUGGAAAGACUAUCGGCCAUACGGUGAAGAAAAGUGGAGACUCCUUUUAACAUUGGAAAUUAAAAAGAAGGUACUGAUGGAGGAGUGGGCACGCCGCCGGGAUAACAAGCGGGGAGGUGGGCUUACCCGACCAGUAACUUGUGCUAGUACCACCCCACUUGUUCACACCCACUCAGCUAUCAGGCAGGGCACCAUAGCUGGCACCAGUCCCCCUCAUCAACCUCCUCAACAGCUUCAACAACCUAAUUAUGGACCCACUGUCAGCUUUACUCAGCCUCCAACCCUCACCAGUAUACCACGGCCACCAAGGUUUCACACUGCUCCCACCAACACCAGCAUGGGACAAAGGGGAACUGUGCCCACCAGCAACUUUGGUACAGUCACAGGGGGAGAAGACAGCUCUCAGUGGGCCCAACCCAUAGCAAAGAUCACACCGAUAAGCUUGCCUAAGAUUUCCGAGAGCAGGAAGGCUGAUUGGAAGAGUAUCCAGGCGCAAGCGGGUCCCACAGAGUCCUUUAAAGAAGAGCAGAAGAAACUGAAGAGUCAAGUGACAGAGUUACAGAAAGUAACGAAAGUCAAUGUCAAGAAGGUAGAGGAGGAGAGUAAACUGAGGGCCAAGAUGUCUGAGCUCAGCAGGGAGCUGAGCUCUGAAAAGACCCAAACUGCAGAGCUGCAGGAGACCUUGGUGCAAAAUCAGGAGGAGCUUCAGUCUGACUUCUACCAGAAAGAGUCAGAAGAGUCUACUCUGCAUCAAGACCUCAAGGCACCAGAAGAAAGACUGAGCUUAGCACAGGAGGACUUGGCUACCAACACCAGCCAACUCCUGCUAACCACACCACUGCUAACUCCAACCCAGACAGGUUUGGAGGCUCAGACAAAGGAACUGAAGAGAAGCCACAGCUCAUUGGAGUCAGAGCUCACUAAACAAGAGCAGUUGAAGCACCUGAAGCACCUGGUGAUACUGUCUUUAGAGAGCAGACUUUCUGAGAAAAUGCUAACCCAGUGGCUUGCACAUGUGAGCAGCCCCAAAAACUAUGCCUUCCCGGGUAACCAUUUGGAGAAGCUCUUAUUGUUCCUGGCGCCUUUCCUGAAAAGCCAAAAGUCAUUACUCACAGGAGUAGAGCUUUUGAAGUUCAGCAAACCAAUCCCCAUUUACGCUUCUGAGAGACCCAACUACCAUGAGAAGCCGGUCGACUGGAGGAGGAUCCUAGAGGGAGUGGAGAAGAUCCUGAAAGCAAGGGGCUUCUACCUCAAGCCCUGGGUUCGGUCUGGUCAAAGUGGGAGGAAGGGCGAGGCAAAGCCUGACCAAAUGACUCUCCUUACUGAAGGAGAAGUGGAUGUAAAAGCACCAAACCCAUUAACUCGUCGCGUCCUACUGAGCCAGAUCACAGGAUUGUACGACCCCAUCGAUCUAACAACACCUGUGAAGCAAAAAGGUGUGAUUCUCGUGAGGAAGGCCUCCCAGGGGGCUUGCAAGUUCACUAAGGACACUUGGGACGAGACCCUCUCUGACGAACUCCGAGGGAAAGCAAUCAAGCUGUUCAAGGAGUACACUCGCUUGGGGAGCAUCAAGUUCCACAGAAGCCUCACACCCUCCGGCUGGAGGGGCGAGCCCUGGGGAAUCACAUUCUCUGACGGAAGCUGUGAAUCUUACGGCGUCGUACUGUACCUGCGAUGGGAAACGUCAGAUGGCGUAGUUACCCGGUUGGUGGACGCAAAAGCCAAGUUAACCCCUUUAAACCAGAAAGGUAACGCAGGCAAAGCCAAAAUCUGUGGGGCUUUCUUCGCCACACGCCUGAAGGAAUACAUGCUGAAGCAUGGAAGAUUGACUGUAGAAAAGUGGUACCACUUCAUAGACAGUCAGACUGUGCUGGGAGCCAUCCAGCGAGACAGUUACGGAUUUCAAACAUUCUUUGCAAAUAGGGUCGGGGGGAUCCAGAAGGCUGGGCCUGUAACUGAUUGGCGGUGGAUCCCAGGUGAAGUCAAUGUCGCUGAUCUCGUCACGAGAGGGUGUUCACCCAAGCGACUAGACGAAAACUCCGCGUGGCAGAAGGGUCCCAAGUUCCUGUCUAGUCCAGUGAAAGAUUGGCCUAUGGAAUCUGCAGCAAAAGUGGCGGCUGAUGCUACAGAGACAGUGAGUAAACUCCAGAAGAAGGACUUUACAGCAGCUCUCACCAGAACCCAAGCGCAGAAGUUUUUAAAUUCUGGUAGUGAAGGCCGGAAUUUCACAGAUGGAGAUAGCAGGUCUCUAGCAGGGCUCCAGUCGGCUGGAUAUGAGACAAAAUCGAUCCCUGUUGAGACCAAGAAAGAUGAGACACUGUGGGGAGCCGCACUCAUAGUCCGAGUGGGUCUGAAAAGGUACGACCCCCUAGUUACGCUUUGUGGAGGGGUCAGUCAUGCCCGAAAGGCUGUAAAGAAGUGGGUUGCUCGUAUAGGGAGAGCCCCUAUUCCAGCAAAGUGGGAGGUAGUACUGACAGUGACCGAACUUGAAACUGCGUUCCAAGAUCCCCUCACGUCAUCCCGCUACGUCAUCAGAGACACUGUGAGGCGGGUAAUAAAGAACAGACUUGUCGUCAACAAGGACGAAGCUUCGGGGCUCCUGCGGUGCUACGGCAGAGAACAAGCCAUCACCUGGGGAAACCCCGGAGUACCCCUGGUCCCAUAUAAUGCCUGGAUCAGCAACCUCCUCACACGGGAAGCCCACGGAGCCAACCAUGAAGGCAUCGCUGGCACACUCCUCAGAGUGAGGUCCAAAGCAUGGGUAGUACAGGGGCCAAGAAUCGCAAGAAGCAUCAUUGACUCCUGCGUGCAUUGUAGAAAGACCAAGGCAAGGUUGUGCAGGCAACAGAUGAGUGAGCUUCCUAGUGAACGAUCUGAACCAGCCGCACCGUUUGAGCUAACAGCACUGGAUCUCUUUGGCCCCUACGUUGUCAGAGACACUGUAAAGCGAAGAACAAAGAUGAAAGUCUGGGGAGUAGUAUUCAGUUGUAUGGCUUCCAGGGCACUGCAUGCUGACAUUGUGGAAGACCUGUCAACCGAUGGCUUCCUAAAGGCGUACCAGCGCUUCACAGCUCUCAGGGGCCACCCAAGAAAACUUUGGUCGGAUCAAGGGACCAACUUCGUGGGCGCCAAGCCAGUUUUAAAGGAGCUCUACGAAUUCCUGAACAACAUCGACAAGGAUCAAGUCCAGAAGAAAGCAACCGCCGCUGGGACCGACUGGUCGUGGGUGUUUCACCCAGCAGACUCUCCCCAUCGAAACGGAGCAGCUGAAGCAGCAGUCCAUACGCUCAAGAGAGCGUUGAAAGGGGUGGAAAGUCACCUGACAGCACUGGAGUUCCAGACUCUCCUCUACCUGGCAGCUAAUCUGUCAAACGAAAGACCAAUCGGCGCCAGAGUCCAGGUACAAGACGAGACUGUAGGAGUCAUCACUCCCAACUCACUUCUGCUUGGCCGUGCUGGGCCUAGCGGGGACUCUCGAGGGUUCGAAUACCUGACUUACCCCGUGGCGUGCCUGAGAGCGGUCCAGAUCGAGGUCGACAAGUGCUGGAAGCGGUGGAGCCAGCUGGCGGGUGAAAGGCAUAGUACGAGAUGUGAAGGUGAGGACGUGCCAAAGUUGCCCGGUUUUCAGUGGACAAAGUGGGAAAGGCAAAGAGAAGGUGGACUGUCCCUCCACCAUCCUUCACAGAGAUGUCAGAAGGCUGGUGGUUCUGUUGCCAGUGGAGGAACAGAAAUAGAUUCCCCACCACAUGAUGGUGUGUUUCGGAAAAAGGGAUCAAGACCCCCCCUCCACCAUCCUCCACGAGAGGUGGUGGUGUGUUUCGGAAAGAAAAAGGAUCAAGACCCCCCCUCCACCAUCCUCCACGAGAGGUGGUGGUGUGUUUCGGUAAAGGGCGUCACUGCGUCACCAAGGACAAUGUGAAACCUUUAUUUGUCAUUUGUAUCUGUUAUUCAUAUCGUGUGUAAUACGUAGUUCCCAGCGAUGUAGCUUUAUGUACCCAUUUGAAAGGUAAAAAUUGUGUGUGUAAUACGUUCAUACCCUGCGAUGUAGCUUUAAGUACCCAUUUGAAAGGUAAAAAUUGUGUGUGUAAUACGUUCAUACCCCGCAAUGUAGCUUUAAGUACCCUUUUCAAAGGUAAAAAUUUGUGUAACGAGUUCGUACCCAGCGAUGUAGCCAUUUCAAAAGGAAAAAUCUGUGUUUUGUGGCCUACUUGGAUUUAGGAAUCAGUAGGCCAAGUGGGAGGUGUAGAACUUUCUAGCAGGCAAAGCUAUUUGUCUUUCAUUCUAUUAAUCUGUUCAUUGUUGUAACUGGCAUCAAAGCACCGUUGCCUUUAAAGUGCCUUUAAGGUGCAUCGUCAAAGCCAUGUUUUGUUAUAUAUUGCCUUCGUAUGCGCCUUUGUAAAGCUAUCUAUCAUUAGAACCUGUACGACUUGUCGGUUUUACAACCUAACUGACUGUCUAACUGACUGUCUAACUGGCUGUCUAACUGACUGUCUAACUGACUGUCUAACUGACUGUCUAACUGACUGUCUAACUGACUGUCUAACUGAUGUCUAACUGACUGUCUAACUGACUGUCUAACUGACUGUCUAACUGAUGUCUAACUGACUGUCUAACUGACUGUCUAACUGACUGUCUAACUGACUGUCUAACAGACUGUCUAACUGACCGUCUAACUGACUUCAAACUAACUUCAACUUAACUUAACUGUUGCUUAACUGUGUAUGUGGAAUAAACCUUCAGAAAGACA